AUGGACUCUACCCUGCCCGUCCCCGUUAUCCCAGAUGCUGCACCCUCCAACGUCGUUGUCUCCCCGACAGGCAUCAUUCAUGUCCUCGGAUACACUCCCACAGAGGGCGAGCGCGGCGUCCCAAUCACAGUCCGCAUCCAUUUCCACCCUGAACUCGCAGACGCCAUGUACGUCCGUCUCGUUAUCGGUCACAAGGCCGUCGCGACAAAGGUCAGGGAACUUCCCGGGACGACGUACGGACGUUGGCAGCUGGAUGCAAUUGCACCGCCUUUUGACAAAGACCUAUAUUCAUCACCCAAAGUCCUAAUCUCGGUACAAGCUCUCAACGAUGAGAACGCGGUUCUCGAUUCAGUCGCCUUUGGUGAAUUCUCGUACUGGUCUCCUGGGUGCACCGCCGACUCUAAUAACAACAGUCUAUCCAAGCUCUCCCGACUUCAGAUUUCACCUCCUGGUUCAGACCAACCGCAACCCACUAUGCGUCGGCGAGGAGCGACCACUAGCCAGCUUCCCAGUUCAGGUUCCACGUUUGCCAACAACCCGCAGGGAAAGGCCCGCAUCCACCGUCGCCUCAAGACGCAAUCCCUGGUCCGUGCCAAGAAUGCCCCCAUCCCUCCAGGCGAGAAACUCGUCGCCCAGACUCCCAUCCUCGAACUCGUCACCCCGCUUGCUUCCAUCUGCACCGGCUGGACUCCCCAGGAACUGAGUGUAGGUCGACGCCUGGUUCGCUUCUCCAAAGUGCAAGACGGCCGCAAGCUCAUCGUUUCCUGCGAGCCCAUCCGACAAGAAGACUACUGCGAAGCCGAUGCUGUCAUCUCUUGCAUCUAUCGUGAGGAUGUCGACUCGUGCUUUGUGACUUCCGUCGACGUCAUUUACCUUUUGGAACGUCUUACCAAUGGCGAGUUCCCCGUGGAAGAGAAAAACCGGAUUAGGCGCAAUCUGGAAGGUCUGCGUCCGACGACGGUAUCAAAGCACAAGCCUGGCUUUGGCGAUUUCUUCCAGCGCAUCAUGGAGUUCCCCGAUCCCAAGCCUCGCAAUAUUGAAAAGGAUUUGAAGGUGUUCGAUUGGAACCUCCUUGGACAAGCGCUGGAGAAAAUCCUUUCCAAAUAUUCGAUCUACACCUCCCCCAGCCAAGUGACAGGUUCGACGUCACCCGUUUCCGAUCCGUCUCCUAUCGAUAGUCCGGAACUUGUGGCGAUCCAAUCCCCAUUCCCUGAAGUGGCGGCGGGAAACGUUCCCAGCUUUGUCAAGUUUGAACCUGUGACGAACGAAUACCAGGUGUUGGUGAACAACCCUCCGCCCCAGGACGUUUUUGUCUCGCCUGUGGACAGCGUCACCACCGCCAGCUCUUCGUCUUCUUCGUCCGUCUUGUUCCCGUCCUGCCCGCCUCAAGCACCCGAGCCCCUCAAGGACCCACAAUGGGGCCCUGGUCUAAAGCUACCUGCAGACCUGGCCCAGCUCGAUAGCCUUGGGGUUUUGGGGGGUUACGAUGCUUUGGAACCCAUUGAAACGGCCCACGGAUUCACUGAUAACCCAACUCUGGAUUUCAACCUCUACGACAGCUUAAACUUUGGCCUCCCGAACGAUGACAACGUCAGCCUAAUCGAGCAACACUAUGUCGGAUCCGUUUAA